AAUUCCCUUCCUCUUAAGAAAAAAAUUUUUUUUUUAAUUAUGCAAAAUUUUAAAGUGAGGAGAAGUUAUUCUAGUCCAAGGCCAAGACAUGUUGUAAGGGCAGCCAUACGAGACAAGGCAAAGCUCAGAGCUAGCCGCACCUCGGCUGCAGAGCUCAGAGUUUACCGCACUUCGGCACUUCGCCGUGGGUGUAUGACAGCCACAAUAGGCACGCCCCCAUCUGAUCAUUUGUCCGUAUCAGAACAUCCCUUCUCAAGGAACCUGCUCCGCCAGAACGCAUCACGCGCAUUUAAUGCGGUUGCUCCGACCAUCUGGAGAAGGAUCAACUCGAAGCAGGAACUCAAGGAUAUUCAGCAACAACACAUGUCACUGGCUAGCUUUGGUGUG